AUGCUUCAAUAUGAUACAUAUACCAAUAUGACAUUUAUUUAUCGACGAAAUCUCACAACAGCUGAUCGUUGUAAUAAAUGGAAAAGUAUUGAAAAUUUACGAAUGACAAGUGCUAAAAUUCAAACCGUAUCUAUACGAUGUCGAAAAGCAAAUGUCGUUAUGAUGCAUUCUCAUGUUACUCUUGACGAUGGCAUUGCGGCUGUAGAUGCAUUGGAAGGUAUUGUUACAUGCCCAUGUUGUAAGUGA